UGAACGCAAUUAGCUAGUGCGCUGCUACACAUAAUACCACAAACUCAUUCUUAUCUUCUGCACUUCGGCAGCAAAACAAUACAGUGUCUUUUGUAAAAUGGAGAAAGCACAGCUGGUGUUCAUUCCCUUGCCUGUUAUGGGCCAUAUUGUAUCCUCAGUUGAGGUUGCAAAGCUACUUCUGACCCGCGAUCACCGACUCUCCAUCACGGUCCUUAUCCUCAACCUCUCUUUUGUCAACUCCAACCAGAAACCCCAUGUUAAAGAAGCUGUGUUGAAGAUCACCCAGUCAAAGUUAAUCGCCGACUCACCGUCACCUCGACUAGCAGGUUUUGUUAUAGAUAUGUUUUGCACAACGAUGAUUGAUGUGGCCAAUGACUUUGGUGUUCCAUCAUACAUUUUUUUUACUUCAGGUGCCUCUGUUCUUGGUCUCCUGCUUUAUGUGCAGAAGAUUCAUGAUGAAGAGAAAGUUGACCCUAUUGAGUUCAAGAACUCAGAUGCUGAGUUAUCAGUACCAAGUUUAGUAAACCCAUUUCCUGCUAAGGCUAUGCCUUCUUCGUUGUUGAGUAGACAGUGGCUUCCUGUUUUACUUGACAAUGCUAGAAGGUUCGGAGAAGCUAGGGGUAUUAUAGUAAAUACAUUCGUGGAGCUGGAAUCCUAUGCGGUUGAGUCUUUGAAAAUGAGUAUUUACCCUGUGGGACCCAUUUUGAAUGUGGGGUUGGAUGGAAGAAACACUCACCAAGAAAUCAUGCAAUGGCUUGACGAUCAGCCGCCAUCAUCGGUAGUAUUCUUGUGCUUUGGGAGCCAAGGAAGCUUUGGUGAGGAUCAAGUGAAAGAGAUUGCCUAUGCGCUAGAGCGCAGUAGGUAUCGAUUCUUAUGGUCCCUGCGACGACCAUCCCCUCCGGGUCUCUUACCAUCUCCAAGUGACUAUGAGGAUCCACAGGAGGUCUUGCCUGAAGGAUUCUUAAAUCGAGUGACAGGACUUGGAAAGGUGAUAGGAUGGGCUCCACAAGUGACCAUCUUGGCCCAUCCAGCCGUAGGAGGAUUUGUUUCACAUUGUGGAUGGAAUUCUGUGCUUGAAAGCAUAUGGUUUGGUGUCCCAAUUGCGACAUGGCCAAUGUAUGCAGAGCAACAAUUUAAUGCCUUUGAAAUGGUGACAGAGUUGGAAUUAGCAGUGGAAAUUAAAAUGGAUUAUAGGAAUGACAGUGGAGUAAUUGUGAAUUGUAAUGAAAUAGAGAGAGGAAUAAGAAGUUUGAUGGAACAUGAUAGUAAGAAAAUGAAGAAAGUAAAGGAGAUGAGUGAGAAGAGCAGAAGGGCCUUAAUGGAUGGUGGAUCUUCAUACUGUUGUUUAGGUCGUUUAAUAAAAAAUUUUAUGGACGAUUUAACUUAAAAUAUUAGAUUUGGAACUUUCUCUUUGCUUCAUAAUAACAAAAAUAAAAUUCCUUGA